AUAUGUUGUACUAGUAAAAUGAGGAACUGAUCGAGUGGGUUAAAGCUGGCGGGGAUUGAGAGUCUGGAGGGCAAGGCGACGCUGGAGACCACGGGCGUGGAAGGAGAAAUCGACCGAGAUAUCGAGCGAACUUUCCCUGCGAAUCCCUUAUUUUCUGAGGAAGGUGAUGGUAGACGUCUGCUUGGGAAUGUUCUGAAGGCGGUCGCGCAUUAUGCAGAUGACGUUGGCUAUUGCCAGGGGAUGAAUUAUGUUGUUGCUGCGCUGCUAAUCGCCAUGAAAGACGCUCAAGAUAUUUCAGAUUUGGAUCUCCACGGCCUCUCGAUGCAAGAAGCAGCGUUCUGGCUAACACUUGCCUUGAUCCGACGCAAAGGAAUGGCCGAGCUGUGGAAACACAAGAUGCCAGGGCUAUCGCAAUGCAUCUACCUAUUCCAGCAACUUCUCAAGCUUCACUUUUACGACCUAUCAGCCCAUUUCCGACAGAUCGGGAUGCAUUCCAGUAUCUUAAUCACACAGUGGUUUGUGACGAUAUUUGCUCGUGUGCUUACUAUCCCAACGCUUAUCCGAGUGUGGGAUCUCGUCUACCUGGAUGGUUGGAAAGCUGUUUAUCGAGUCGCCCUCGCCAUCACCGCCGAGUUGCGGCCAAAGCUUCUCGCCAUGGAUCUCGAAGGGUGCAGCGAGUUUUUCCGAAAGAACCCCAAGCUGGGUCUGGAAGAAGUACUCAGCACUGAUGUGUUGCUACAGCGUGCACUAAGCUACAAAGUGACUCGUUCCAGUCUUCAACAGCUAGAGGAAGAGCGGCAUCUCGAGUAUCUUCGUCUUCGCUUGCAGCAAACGCCGCUAUCGGAAGAGCAUCGCAUGUUGUUCCCUACACUCGAACACGAGGACAUCGCAGCCAAGAAAAAGUCUCUCGAAUUAAUCCGGUCCAAGCUCCAACGGUUCGACACGGAUGUAGCAAGUGACACGGUGUUCCUUCAACAUAAAAUCGAGUUAGCGGAGAAAGCACAAGCCACUGCCAUGUCCGUGCGCUACGCCAUCGCGUACGAGUUGUCGGAAGCUGCGAUCGAGUUGAACGAGCGCAUGGAGAUCAAGAACCGAUUGCGCGCAAAGUUCCGCAAGCUCAUGGCAACGGCGAUCACCGAAGCCUCCACCUCGUCAAGCACUUCUUCGUCAGGUUUUACGCUCUGGAUGAACCCGUUCGAGUUCCUAAAUGAGCGUAUGGCCAGUUGUUUCGAGCGUCUGCCGCUGUUUGCAAGCUAUCUGGACACCGGAGACGAGCUGUAUGGGGGUGACAACGACACAGAUGACGAAGAAGUCGAAGAAACUCAACGCAACUUGAAACAUCUCGAGAUGCUGGUGCCUCAGUUGGCAGCAGAACUGCGUUUGUUGCAGCGUUCAGUAGCCUACAACGAUCGCUUCCUUCGGCCUCUUCUGCAACGAACCAGAAGACUCCAACGUGACGCUCAACUGGCGCGUGUUGAGGUGGAGGAAACGCAGUUGUUCAAGGACCGACUGGCCGACCAAUUGCUGCAGAUAAUGCUGACCAGCGAGAAGCUCAAGAACGAGCGAAUGCAGCAGCUCUUUGCGGAGGUCGAUAACAGUACGUGAUGAAACGUUGGAAGUAUCUACUGUAUUACUACCUGAGUUGGAAGCAGACACGCAAGUGACGCCUCGAGUGCUUCCUUGGCGAACAAGUCAGCGUCGCUCUUGUUUUCUACGUGUUUGGAUCCGUUCUGUUCUGUCCAGAUGAGCUCAAGACCUUGAGGCUUUUACUCGCUCUCCGUCACGACGUCGGCCUCAGCGAACUCAGCGGCGACAGCAGACUCAGCGACAGCGGGAGCCAUACCCGGACCCCACGACGGGAGCUCAGCAGCGACACCACCGAGCGACGGGAAGGCGUCCUUGUCACUGGCGUUGAACUUGUUGUUCUUGCUGCUCUUCUUCUUCGGAGACACGACCUUGGCAGGAGCAGCUUCAGCAGCAGGCUCAACGACCUUGCCAGCCUUCGGACGAGACGUCUGCUCGUUGAACCAGACCUUCUUGGUCUUCACAGCAGCCAAAGACUCCGAGACAGCAGCAGCAGAUGCAGGAGGCAGCAGGCCAAUGGUGCUGAACGCCUCCAUCUGAGCCAGAGGCAGCACCAGCUUGGACGCCUUCUUGGUCUUCUUGCCGUUGCGGCCCUUCUUGCCCUUCUUGCCUCCUCCAAGCAUCAUAAAGUCCUCUUCCUUCCGCUGCAGAGGCUUCAUACCGUCCAGCUCAAGAGGAGCGGCCGUGGUCUCAGCAGCCUUCUCGUCCUGCUCCUCCUUGAGCUCCUUUGCGUACGUCUUCUCCAAGAAACUCACAAGGGCGUCACAGAGGUCCAUCUCGUCCUGGUACGGGUGGAUCUUGGCCAUUUCCUUCUCGUAAUCCGCCAGUUUGGCCUCGUACUCGGCCUUGCGAGCCUCCUCCUCCUUCUGACGCUCCAGCUCCUUCUUCUUACGCACAAGACGGAUGUUGUUGUAGUACUUGUCGUUGGCUUCCUUGAACUCCUUACGCAGAGUCUUAAUAGCCGUAAAUUUCUCGUC